AUGUCAGUGCUCGAGCCAAUCUAUGGGCUUCUCAGCGACUAUGAGGUCCUCCAUCAGCUCAAGAGAGAGAAAGACGCCCAGCGAGCCCAGAUCGAUGCGCUCUCCCUCGCGACACCCGAGACGGUAGGCCAGAUUGUGAGCAGCAAUGCAAAGAACAUUCAGUACCAAAUCAUGGCAUACUUGCUCAAUACAGCUGUGUCAGAUUGCUCGAGAAUGGACGAAGAGGGGGUCAAGAGGAUCGUGUCGUCAUUGAACGUUAUGACCUACGAGGGGAGAGACAGACCGUUGCUCUCGCGCAGAGAGAAGCUCUCGCUCCUCAAUACCUGUCCUCGUUCUCCCGCCGGUUUAUCAGUCUGCAUUGAAGAUUUGGCGGAUAGACUGUCGGAAGAUCAGAUGACGGAAAUCCUCGAACUCAUCGGCGCCAAUCUAUCCUCGGAGCCUAUUCUGACGCAAGAAGCGCCGACGCAAUCAGAGGCGGCUCUGCUCAAUAUUGCCCAUCAUGCCGCGACGGGACGCGACGAAACGGUCAUCACCACCGGUCAGGUUGCAAAUAUUGAUGCUACGAUGAGCGAAGGAGAAGAGGAUGAGGAAGCGCUGAUCGACAACGAAAGGCCAGAAGCAGACGAGAGGGAGAUUGACGAAGUUGGAGAACCAGAUUCUUAG